GUGACGCACGACGUCCUUACGUCAGUGACAGGAACAACAUGGCGGCGGCCCUGCGGAGGCUGAUCAGCGGACUCUCUCGGAGAGUUUCUUCUUCUGUGAGCCGGAGAAUGCUGAGCACAGGUCGUAGCUUCCUGCCCCGCCCCCGGCCCCUCCCCCUCCUGUUGCUGACCGGCGGUGGUUACCUUGGUUACGAACACUACAGGAGGCUUGGCCCAUGGGAGGAUGGAGGCCCCCCCCCUCCGGCCACGCCCACACAGGUGGCGCUGUACCGCUCAUUCCCAACGCGCCUCCUCUCUCGGACCUGGGGCCGUCUGAACGGCGUGGAGCUGCCUACCUGGCUCCGAAAGCCCGUCUUCUCCCUUUACAUCUGGACCUUCGGGGUCAACAUGCAGGAGGCAGCGGUGGAGGAUCUACAUCACUACAGGAAUCUGGGUGAAUUCUUUCGCCGGCGUCUGAAGCCUGCGGUGCGCCCGCUAUGCGCCUCCUCCUGUCUGAUCUCUCCGGCCGACGGGAAGAUCCUCCACUUUGGGCGUGUGAAGAACUCGGAGGUGGAGCAGGUGAAGGGGGUCACCUACAGUCUGGAGCACUUCCUGGGUCCACAGAAGGGGCGGGGCAACGACCCGUCUACCUUCCGGGACCGUCUCCUGUCCUCUCCAGAUAAUGACCUGUUCCACGUCGUUGUGUAUCUGGCUCCAGGAGAUUAUCACUGCUUCCACUCACCCACAGACUGGAGGGUGGAGCUCCGACGCCACUUCCCAGGCUCCCUGAUGUCGGUGAAUCCCGGUGUAGCUCGCCUGGUUAAAGAGCUCUUCUGUCUCAACGAGCGCGUGGCUCUCACCGGCCAAUGGCAGCACGGCUUCUUCUCGCUGACGGCAGUCGGCGCCACCAACGUGGGAUCCAUCAGAAUCUACUUCGACCAGGAGCUUCAGACCAACACUCCUCGCUACAGUAAAGGCUCCUUCCACGACUACAGCUACGUUGCCGUGGACGACCAGGUGUUGCAGGCGGCAGGUGUAGGGGGCGUGGCCUCGGCGGAGGGAGGGGGCGUGGUCUCGGGCGUGGGCUUACAGAAGGGGGAGGCUGUGGGCGAGUUUAACCUGGGCUCCACCAUCGUCCUGCUGUUUGAGGCUCCCAAAGACUUCAGCUUCAAGCUGCAGCCGGGACAGCCAAUCAGAGUGGGAGAGGGGCUCGGCAGCGUGUGAUUGGCCGGGCGAGGUAGCUUCUGAUUGGCCGACAAAGACGUCGGUGGCAUUGUGGGUAACUUUCUCUGUAACAAAGCAGCUGUGGGGGACAGGAAGUGGACUCAAACUCCCAGAAUGCCUUGUGCCUCAUGAAGGGGAAAUGCCAAACCUUUCUUUCUUCUUUUGUGUCGCUCGUCCAGAAAUUGAACUAACAAACACACAUGAUCCUUUAAAGGAGACCUGUCCCUGUACACACACACACACACACACACACACACACACACACACACACACAU